ACUCCCUUGAUUACAUUCGUGAGGAAUCCGUUUUCCGCACCGGGAAGGACGUUAAAUUGCACAUCGAAGGAAAACAAUGCAAUACAAUAACUCAAGGUGCAAUGCAACAAGAUAGGUUACCUGGUAUCUCUCUAAAGCAUUACCGAACAGCCGCUUUGUGAUCGCAACAUAAUUCUUUUCUUUUUUUCUUGCGCGCAUCUCAGUAACCGGACUUGACAGCGCCUUGAAUAUUUAGUCAUGAACUUGAAGCCCCGGAUACAGGCUCGCUAAGCAAUGGUGUGGAGUUCGUAUAGUUUACACUGACACCGACAGCAUCUUCGGUAAUACCGUGUAGUAGGGUUUUACCGUACGACUUUUAAUCUUUGAUCUGGCCUUGGUCGUCAGCAAGAGGCUGCUCGGGGAUUCCAUUAUGAUAGGGACCCGUGCAGACGCUGCCUCCGGGAGACAAACCGCGCGCUGCUGUGAUGCUGCUUAAAUCUUCUCCUCCGCGCUCCCCGUUACCGACGGCUCCGGCCCGCGACAGGAAUUACAACCGGACUAAGAUACUUUACAUUGAGCUGCCAAAUGGACAAUUACUCGAGCCUUCAACUGCAGUGUCUGGAGAUGACCACCAAGAGGAAGCUGAUUGGGCGGCUGGUGCCGUGCAGAUGUUUCCGUGGCGAGGAGGAGGUGAUCUCCGUGCUGGACUACUCCCACUGCAGUCUGCAGCAGGUUCCCAAGGAGAUCUUCAGCUUCGAGCGCACCCUGGAGGAGCUCUAUCUGGACGCCAACCAGAUAGAGGAGCUGCCCAAGCAACUGUUUAACUGUCAGGCUUUGAAGAAACUGAGCAUGCCCGACAAUGACCUGUCAAACCUGCCCACCACCAUCGCAAGCCUGGUCAACCUCAAGGAGCUGGACAUCAGUAAAAACGGUAUCCAAGAAUUUCCAGACAACAUCAAGUGUUGUAAAUGCCUGUCUGUGGUGGAGGCCAGUGUCAACCCCAUCGCCAAACUUCCAGAUGGUUUCACCCAGCUCCUCAACCUGACUCAGCUCUUCUUGAACGAUGCCUUCCUCGAGUAUCUUCCUGCUAACUUUGGAAGACUGACCAAACUACGGAUCCUGGAGCUACGAGAGAACCACCUGAAGACAAUGCCAAAGUCCAUCCACAGACUGUCUCAACUGGAACGGCUAGACUUGGGGAGCAACGAGUUUUCAGAGAUGCCAGAGGUCUUGGAGCAGAUUCACAACCUGAAGGAACUGUGGCUGGACAACAACUCUCUCCAGUCCAUACCUGGGUCCCUGGGCAAGCUGAGACAGCUACGCUACCUGGACCUGGCUAAGAACCGGAUCGAGAGUCUGGACACUGACGUCUCAGGCUGCGAGUCUCUGGAAGACCUUCUGCUCUCCUCCAACAUGCUGCAGCACCUUCCGGACUCUAUAGGAAUGUUGAAGAAGCUCACCACUCUCAAAGUGGAUGACAACCAGCUCACCUCACUGCCUAACACCAUCGGGAGUGGACGAGCCAAACUAGGUCUGUCCCUGCUGGAGGAGUUUGACUGCAGCUGUAACGAGCUGGAGUCUUUGCCUCCCACCAUCGGCUACCUGACCAACCUCAGGACCUUCGCUGCUGAUGAGAACUUCCUCACAGAGCUGCCCAGGGAGAUUGGCAACUGCAGGAAUGUGACGGUCAUGUCUCUGCGCUCCAACAAACUGGAGUUCCUGCCCGACGAAAUAGGACAGAUGACCAAGCUGCGAGUCCUCAACCUCAGUGACAACAGGUUAAAGAAUCUACCUUUCACCUUCACCAAACUAAAGGAUCUGGCUGCUUUGUGGCUCUCAGACAAUCAGUCCAAGGCUCUGAUCCCUCUCCAGACCGAGGCUCACCCAGAGACCAAGCAGAGAGUUCUCACCAACUACAUGUUCCCCCAGCAACCACGACACGACGAAGACUACCAGUCGGACACCGACAGCUUCAACCCCACCCUGUGGGAGGAGCAGAGGCAGCAGAGGAUGACGGUGGCCUUCGAGUUCGAGGAGAAGAAGGAGGAGGAGGACAACUCUGGCAAAGUCAAGGUGGAGAUUAACCUGAAGCGCUACCCCACUCCCUACCCUGAGGACCUGAAGAACAUGGUGAAGUCGGUCCAAGGGCUGGUGGGUAAGAGUGGCCACCAGGGCGGCGCCAACACCAACUCCUCCGGAACCAACAUGGAGCAUCUGAGCAAGGAGCAGUACGAGCCCCCUUGGCCUCUGCCCCCUAAAGAGGUUUUGGAAAGAGACAUGCAGGACUUCAAUCAGGCACAGCUAGUGGAGCAGGGAUCCAUCCACAACUCUGCUAUCGACAUCCCCAUGAGGAAAGACAAGGAAGAUCUUACAGAAAGCUCAGAGAUUGCUUUACAUGGCGUGGUCUCCCAGAAUCCUCUGCCAGAGCUCCCACCCGCAGGCUCGGCUCGCUACCGCCUCCUCGACUCCAUGGGAGGCUCCCCCAACGACAUCCGGAUCUCGGACAUGCGGCCCACCCUGGUGGACCCCCCCAUGUACAAGCCCAAGGUGGUGCUCCUGGGCAAGGACAAGAAAGAGUCCACGGACGACUCGGAAGCAGACAAGAUGCAGUGUGUGAACCACAGUGGCUCCUCUGCCACCUACUCUGACUACUCCCCAUCGCAGGGCUCCUCUGGGUCCUCCAACCCUCCCCCCAACACCGCCAUGCACACCCCGGGGAAGGACGGCGGGCCUCAGACACACUGGACCAACAGGCUGGCCCAGUCGUUCCCCAAGCCCCUGGAGACCAAGCCCCUGCUGAGCCAGAGGGAGACCCCUCCGUCCGGCACGCUGCAGCAACGCGGCGAGCGCCGGCCCCUCAGCGACUCGUACGACAGCUGGGGCGAGGUGCCCCACUACGACAACACGGGCUUCGUGUCCGAGGAGGCCCCCCUGGAGCCCCCUGGGGGGGGGAGCGCUGGGAACCCCAUGCUGGGCUCCAAGCCGCGCAGCGCCUCCACGCACGGCCGGCGCCCGCUGAUGAGGCAGGAGCGCAUCGUGGGCGUGCCCCUGGAGCUGGAGCAGACGCCGCACGCCUUCCACAACGCCCGCGCCGCCCCACCCCCCGACAACCAAGUGCCUCCCCCCGCCCCGGCCAACCCCUGGCAGAACUGGACGCGCACCCCCAGCCCCUUCGAGGACCGCACCGCCUUCCCCUCCCGCCUCGACCCCACGCCGUCCUCCAGUCCCCGCCCCGACCGGAAGGACUUUGAGGGGGAACUCGCCGAGAUGCAGGGCCCCUUCCCCUCUGCCGGGAACUGGAGCUAUCUGGAUCCAGCGCAGGGCGGCGGGGGGCGGGGCCGGGGCCAGGGAGGGGGGCGGGGCCAGGGAGGAGCCACCGUAUUCGCCCACGGCCAGCCCAGGAAGGACCCCACCAAGGUCGCCAUGGUGAUGAGCAAGAGCUCGGAGCGCCUGUCUCCCAUGAUGAAGGAGGUGAAGGCCAAGUUCAAGAAGAGCCAGAGCAUCGACGAGAUGGACAUGGGCUCCUACAAGGUCUACAGCAUCCCCAUGGACAGCUACAGCUCCAGCAUCGAGCACCAGGGCAGCGUGGAGCGCUCCGACAUGCCCGGCCAGGGCAUGGGGAUCCUGGGGGAGCAGAGCAUGUCCAGGAGCCAGUCGGCCCCCAUGCUGGACGACGACUUGGACUACGGCGCCUCCAAGGCGGGCCAGCAGAAGCCGGCCGUCCCUAAGAAGGUCUACCAUUUCGACCAGAGCUUCAACCCCCAGGGCCUCCUGGAGAGACGCGCCCCCCCUCCCUUCCCCAACACCCCCGAGUACGCCAACCAACCGGGGAAGACGCUCCCCAAGGAGCUGAUCAGCCCGCGGGGUUACCGCGGCUACCCGCCCCUGGAGAUGUUCUCCUUCGCGCAGCAGUCGCCCGGCAACGAAGACAACCCCCCUCCCCCCCAGCAGCAGCCCCUCCCGUCGCAGCGCUCGCGUCCGGGCUUCCUGCGCCGGGCCGACUCCCUGGUGAGCUCCACGGAGCUGGCGCUGUUCCGCCGCGUCCAGGAAGCCCAGGACCAGGCGGAGCUCUACGCCCGCCAGCUGCCCUUCUCCAGCCUCCACGACCACAACAGCCUGGCGGGCAGCCUCCUGGACGCUCAGCCUCCGUCCCACAAGAGGAACGGCCGCUACGAGGAGGACUACUCCUCCUACCAGGAGCAGAAGAAGCCCAUCAUGGCCUACCCCACCAAGAGCCUGACCCAGCGGCGCCCCCUGUCGGCCCGGAGCUACAGCACGGAGACCUACGGAGCGUCGCAGGCGCGGCCCGUGUCGGCGCGGCCCACCAUGGCGGCGCUGCUGGAGAAGAUGCCCCCGGACUACAACCUGAGCACGUGCACCGAGAAGAGCCCCGAGCCGGCGCCGCGGGCCGGCGUGCCGGCCAAGCCCGAGGACAUCACCUCCAAGAUGCCGGUGGACUGGAGGCAGCAGCUGCUUCGCCACAUCGAGUCCAAGAGGCUGGACCGGAGCGCUGUCCUUAAGCACAACACAGUAAACUUUGGCAUGCUGUGUUCGGGAGGCUAUGCAUCGCAUGCCGGCAGAAGCAUGACUAUAAACUUUUACAAUAACACAAAGCAUGAGAACCAAACCUCUCACUGGCUACCUCUACUCAACAGCCCCUCCCAGCAGGGCGGCAUGCUGGACAACGGCCAGGAGGGGGCGCCGGGCGGCGGCCAGUGGGCGCCCUACUCUCUGGGCCGCAGGGAUGUGCCACCUGAAAUCAUGAAGAAGGCAGGCCACGUCCCCCACCAAUCACAGACCAUGAUAGUGACCUCAGCCUCGGCCACGCCCCCACACCGCUCGGCACGGGAACAGCAGUACGAAGGGGCUAUAAACAAGAUCUCCAUCCAGCAGUACCAGGCAGGCCUGCCCAUGGCCAUAUCCCCUUCAGCCAACCCCCAGUACCAACCUAGCAUGACCAUGGCUAUACACGCCUCUAAUCAGUACCAGACUGGCCCCUCCUCCAACCACCCCCAGUACCAGACUGGACCCUCCUCCAACCAAUACCAGACUGGCUCCUCCUCCAAUCACCCCCAGUACCAGACUGGCCCUUCCUCCAACCAAUACCAGACUGGCCCCUCUUCCAACCAAUACCAGACUGGCUCCUCCUCCAACCACCCCCAGUACCAGACUGGCCCCUCCUCCAAUCAUCCCCAGUACCAGACUGGCCCCUCCUCCAAUCACCACCAAUACCAGACUGGCCCCUCCUCCAACCAAUACCAGACUGGCUCCUCCUCCAACCAAUACCAGACUAGCUCCUCCUCCAACCACCCUCAGUACCAGACUGGUCCCUCCUCCAACCAAUACCAAACUAGCUCCUCCUCCAACCAAUACCAGACUGGCACCUCCUCCAACCAAUACCAGACUGGUCCCUCCUCCAACCAGUACCAGACUGGCUCCUCCUCCAACCACCCCCAGUACCAGACUGGCACCUCCUCCAACCACCCCCAGUACCAGAAGGCCAUCACCACUAACCCUAGACCCCAGAGUGCACGCUGCCUUCUUCAGACCAAAGGACAGAAGAGCAUGGACGGUUUCCAGGAACAGCAGCUGUGUGUGAGGAUAGAGAAGAACCCAGGGCUUGGCUUCAGCAUCUCAGGAGGGCUCAGUGGCCAGGGGAAUCCCUUCAAGCCGUCUGACCUGGGUAUCUUUGUCACUAGGGUACAGCCUGAUGGGCCGGCCUCGUCGAUGCUGCAGCCGGGAGACAAGAUCCUGAAGGCCAAUGGACAUAGUUUUUUACACAUGGAACAUGAAACUGCAGUGUCUCUUCUGAAGAAUUUCCAGAAAACUGUGGACUUGGUAAUCUUGAGAGAGAGCACAAUUUAGAUAUUUUUAUAAAAAAUGACAAAAACGGAUUUUUCUCGCCCUGCGGGUUGCAGAACUGUGUACAGCCCAGUUUUUACUCUAGGAUCACAAACAUUUGCCAUUUGCUGGACCAAUGGCAAAUAUGAGUGCCAAAAGUACGAUAGGAAACAUAUCUGCUUGACUACCCAUGGACGUAGAGCUGCUCUUACGGCCCAGAAUGAAGGUGGGUGCAGGUCUCUUCACACCUUUGAUUUUGCUUAUUUAUAAAGCCUUCUUAUUUUCUUUCCUUUUUUUAACUUUUCAGUUUUAGCUUUUCGUUUUCCUCUCUGAGCAUUAAAGCACACUAGUGGUUCAGAAGCUCCACCCCCCUCAGCACUGUCUAGCCUUGUGUACAUACAACACCUCCACACAUAGCAAGUGCACUGGAGCGGACCAGGAGGGACUAAUGGAGGACUAGCAUCAAUAUUGAACACAGGUUUGAGCUAUGGCUUCCACCAGCUCACAGACCUUUUCUACCAAAAGGAAGAUUCUGAAGAUUCUUUUUUUUCCUCAGAUAAUAGAUCUUACCACCAUAUAUUUUAUGUUGUAAAAAAACUGUUUACCUAUAUACCCAAUGAGUCACUGCAGUCUGUGUGCUAUAUUUUUGACAUUUAUUUAGUAACGUGUUUGUGCCAACUGGAAAGAGCUAAAGCAAUAUCUCACAGAGUAUUUUGGAAAAUAUGAACUACAGACUGUCCGAUAUAUCCCCACCUGCUUUUAGGACAAAUACCUGUCACACAUAGCUGGACGCUGUGUUCAAGGAAAUGUUUAAUCUCUGUUAUGCUUCACUGCUUAGCUUGACCAAUUCAUAGAAAACCAAUUACUAAAGCAAAUCUCAUUUCAAAUUCAAGUUUUUGAGAAAGACGUUGCUAGACAGGUAUUCAUGUAAGAAUUAUGUCAUAUUUAAUAACAGCACUUGUGACAAAACACCAUCUCACCCUGUCACAAAGCUUGGCUUUAUCCUGUCACAAAGCUUGGCUCUAUCCUGUCACAAAGCUUGGCUUUAUCCUGUGACGUUUAAGUAAGACAUUAUCUGUGUUUUAAUGUCGAUUUUAGGGGUUCUUCUCACAUUUUCCCCCUCUUUUUUCUAAAGGUUUUCAACGAGACAGGUGACUAAUUAUGAUAGUUGGUGCCAUGAACCCCCUUGAACCCUAAUUCAACACACACAUAUGUAUAUAUAUACACACGUAUAUAUAUAUCGUUUCUGUAUGUAUAUAUACAUACAUAUAUAUAUUAUUAAUUUAUUUUUAUUUUGGUCAAAUGUAGCAUUAAAUGUGACAUUUUGAGCUAACAAAAGCACCUAAAGACCCCACAUGUACCAGUUCCAUGUCCAGCUGCUGCCGCAUGGAACUGAGAUAUCCAGUCAAUUUUAAGUUGAAAUAUCAAAUAUAUUGUAAAAGAAACAGAAAGUUUGAUAAUAUAAUAAUUAUUUUUACUAAAUGUUUCAGGUAAUUAUUUAUAAUAUAUUGACAUACCUAAGCUUUGCUUAAACUAUGAGAUUUUAUAAGGAUAAUUAAAGAGAAUGGAUACUUACGACUCAGAAAACACAAGAUGUAUCAUCAUAUGUAUAAAAUGUAUUUAUACUGUAAUUGUGAAUUUGUGUAAUACACACACAUAUAAUAUAUAUAUGUAUAUUAAUAUAUAAACUGUCAUUUUUGUAUGUGUUUGAGAUACAAUUAGAUAUAAAAGUUAAUAUAUAGUACUUCUCAGUAUAAUUGCAGUAUUGAUGUAAAUAAUUGUGAAUGAAAACACAUUGAACUACAGUAAUUGAUUCAUAUAAAUUGUG